UGUGGGCAAUGAUUUUGGAUUGGAUUUACAUUAUUUUAUAUAAAGAUAUUAAAGAAAACUGCGUAUGGACGAUAAAUACACUGAUAGUCCUACUAAGGCGUCAUCGUACGCUUAUUGGACAAAUAACGCUCAGUAUGAGGUCUUCAAUACAAAACCUUCCCAAGAGUCUAACUUGAGCGGGAUACUACAUAAUAUUGGAAAUAAAAAUGUUAAUAACAAUAACUUGACGCAGAAAAGGACAAGGAACCAGGAAAACUGUUGAUGACGGUGUUAUAGCAUCAGAGAGUGAUGGAAUAAUAAUAGUGACGAUAGAGAUGAAGUUAGAAAAACGUAUGGAGUGAUGUCGAUGACGAACUUUACAUAGCCAAUAUAAUAAACUAGGACUUCUUCUAAUGAAGUGGAACGCGUCAAACGUGAUACUAGCUAUUCUGUCGUUAGUGAUAACAGCGAGAAGGUUGUGAAUAGUUUUAAGUUAGAUAAGUACGAGAUGUGGGAACUGGAAGAUCUUACGGAGUGUGAUUGUCUUGGACCACCUCCGGAAUUUUUGGUGCCACCACCACCUCGGCCGCCGUUUUUACAAGCAGAUAUUUGUGGUGACGAUCCUAUACCAGAUUUGGAAACUUGCGAUACGGAACCAAAGAUAGACGCCUACAACCACAGCGGCCCUUCAUUUCAGACGUCAGCGGUGAUCGCGCUCUGCUCCAUAGUUCUCGUCGUGGGAGUGCUCAUAGGCGCCAUACUUGUUUGGAAACAUAAACGAAAAGUGACUAACCUUCUGCCAUCAAAGUCCUCUCACAGCCAAAGCGCAGGAUCACAAAGACGAGCGCCACCUCCAGCCCCUUUGUACGAGGACUUACAAGACCUGCCUAGGCGUCCGCCAUUACCUCAUAGACCGGAAAUGGAACCCCAGCUAGAGAUGGUGGAAUCCAAAAGACCGAAUUGCCAACGGGUCUUUGUUUGCGGAACAGGUGGUUCUUGGAGAGGUGGUAAUUCCUGUGGUGGAGAUUCCUGUGGCGCUCCCUUGUAUGAAGAAUUGCCUCAUCGGUCUGACGACUCCAUUCAUAGCGACGACCACUUCGCUGAAGACGAACUCAGUCUCGUUGGUGAAGCGGUACCUUGUCGAACAUGUUCUAGACCGCCUGCUCCACAAUCCUUGCCGCAUCGACAGAGACAGCAGCGAUUGGAUAGACGGCCCAAAUCAUUAGAAAGACGAAGAGGUCAACACAGAAUUCCUCGCCAUAUACAUCCACCUGAUCCUUCGGAAUUCCACGAAGGGGUGUUGUUGGAUGCGUUGCUAAGAUUGUACCCACAAGUUGGUACGGUUGGAGCGAGACCUUCCGGACCAAUGCCAAUAAGCGGCGGAGGAGCUUGGCCCGGUGGUGAACUGCCCGGAGUUAACUGCUGGAGAGCACCGAGGGCUUCUCCUAAACCACCAAGUGGAGAUUCUUCAUUUGGUUCUGAUUCAGGAUACAGUAAUAAUACUUGCGGAACAUGUGGCACUAGAGCGUCGUCGAGACAUCGAUUGUCAGCUGAAAUACCUAUGUCAUGAACAAUAGGAUCAUUUGGACUCGGUGAUGGAAGUGCCAUAACUGUUUCAUUUUGAGUGAUACAUUAAUUUUAUAUAAUUCCAAGCAUUUAUUAGAUUUACUUCUAACGGCCUACUUUCACUGAUAUUCAGUACGGCCUUUUGCCUUCUUCGAUAAUAGUGUUUGUGAAUAUAUAUACGGAACUUAGUGAUAUUUGGUAGUGAUUAUAUUUCUACAGGCCUGUACAAAAGAGGUUCUAAUUAGCUAAAAGUUUUCCGAUUAGAUGACUGUUUUGAUUUCUCUGGCUUUCUGUUAAUCAAUUGGAUAGAAAGAUUUGUACAAAAGUUUUGUGACCAUAUUUAGAUAGUAGCCAUUUUGUCCUAGUAAGUUAUGUCGAGCUAGUCUAUCAAAUUAUAAUAAUUUUUGAUUUUAUGUAAAAAGAUGAAUUGUAAAUCGUGGAAUUUACUUAAUUGUAGAUAUUGUAAAAAUCGUAGGUAUGUUAAGCUAGUUUAGUGACUUGAAUUUUAUAAUCAUAUCACAUUAAAAUUAUCCACAUCACAUAUAUGUAAAUUACACACUAUGUUCUUUUUUACUUCCCAAAAUCUUUCUCACUGGUGCUAUGUAUUCCGAGUAAUUUGUAUUCUUCAUAAGUUAAUUUUACACUUGCCGUGAUUCAAAACUUCAGCUCAUUUCGUUCGUGUACAAUGUAUUACCCAACGAGCGUUUCAAUAUUAUGUUAAACCAGUUAAUUAAAAUUUGUAAAUUAUUUUAUAUUCGACCAUCGAAUGUUGUUCUUGUUUUCUGUUUCAUAUAUUAUUUAAGCGAUAUUUAUUUUUAUACUAUUGUUUCGCAUUGUAUAGAUUCAAAGCAUCCACUAUUAUAAAAUUUUCGGACGAACGCGUCCAGUUUAUAAAUAUGAGAAGCACAAUAAAAUGAAAAAUAAAUAAAUUUUUAAA